AUGUCCGUCGAUGCCACGAAGCGGCCUUUGAAGAUGCCGAUCAGGUAUCAGAACUACGCGGAAGAGCACGAGAUAUUCGAAAUGGUCGGCAACAUGAUGGAAUCGCUCCUUCUAAAUCGACCUAAAGAUCCACUGAGCUACUUGAUCAGUUACUUGGAGGGCGACAAUAGAAGGAAGGUCACAGUUGCCGUGUUGGGGCCGCCAGGCGCUGGUAAAACCUGCAUUGCACAGCAGCUCGCCCAUAUCACCGGCGUCCCGAUCGUCUCAAAGUUGCAGCAGCUUCAGAACAACGAUCCGCGUUAUCGUUAUGGAUACAUUUUGGACGGCGUUGCGGAAUCGUCCGAGGACGUCAUCGCUCUUCAAGAGGCUGGAUGCAUUCUCGAUUACGUGAUCUAUCUUCAUGGGCCCGAAGACUUAUUGCGCUCUCGACAAAAGGACAAGUGGACUGACCCUGUCACCGGCACAGUUUAUCAUCCUGUCUUCAACUGGCCGUCCGAUGAAGUUAUCGCCAACAAGCUCAUCAAACUUCCCGAAAAGCCCUUCGCCGAAGAAUAUUCCUGCCACCAAGUCAAGAAAGACAGAGUUUUACAGACCUACAAUCACAUUCUGCACAAGAUCAACUGCGAUCAGCCACUCACUGACGUCAAGAAAAUUGCCUCAGAAAUCGUCUCCCAAAGGCCAAUGUCGAAGGCUCGCGUGGUUACGAAGGCACUUCUCCUUGGCCCCACUGGUUCCGGAAAGAGACUGGUUGCAGAACGCCUUCACAAGAUCUGGGGCAUGGUACCAAUCGACUUGAAACUUCUGAUUGAGCAGGAAAAAUUGAACAAGACCAGGAUCGGCCAAGAAAUAUUGAGAAACGAUGGUAUUGUAACGAAACGAGCAUUGGAGUAUAUUCUGAAAGAUCGACUUGAGAGAGAGGACGCAGUGUUAAACGGAUGGGUUAUUUUUUCGUAUCCCGUGGAGUGCAUUUACGACCUUGGGGAGGCGAUGGCGUCUACAAAUAUUCUCCCAAACAGAACUGUUGUUUUCCAAAUCAGCGAAAACUCAAUAAUCGAGCGACUGGCGAACAGAAUGGUCGACUCUUUGACAGGCAGAGAGUAUCAUGCCUUGUACAAUCCAGCAACGGCUGAGAAUAUUCGAAACCGACUUGUCAAGAGAGAAAUGGAUGACUCGGCAAGUGUCAAAAAGAGAGUAAACGACUUCAAUAACCAGCUGCCCGACAUCCUCGACGUACUCAACGACACCGAUCCCCAAAUGAUCAAUGCCGACCAGGAUCAGAACGUCGUGUACCAAUUGGUGGAAUCCAAACUUGCCAAGCCUCUACCUUCAAAAAGUUUCGACGGUUACGCCGACUGA